AUGGAUAGUAAAAUCAAUGUGACGUAUAUAACUCUAGAUGGGUAUGUGGAAAUUAACAAAUACAAAUAUCUGUAUUUUAUGAUCAUGUUUACAUGUUAUAUUCUAAUAAUCUGCUGUAACUCCACCAUCGUGUGUCUCAUCUGUAUUCACCAAAACCUCCAUGAGCCUAUGUACAUUUUCAUUGCAGCUUUGUUAAUCAACUCUGUUCUUUACAGCACUGCAUUAUACCCAAAGUUUUUGAUUGACUUUUUAUCUGAAAAACAGAUCAUAACUUACCCAGCUUGUCUCUUUCAGUGGUUUAUAUAUUACUCUUUAGGCGGUUCAGAGUUCUUACUGCUGUCAGCCAUGGCCUAUGACAGGUAUGUGUCUAUAUGUAAACCUCUGCAAUAUCCAACUAUCAUGAGAACAAAAACUAUUAAUAUUUUAUUGCUUUUAGCCUGGCUUCUGCCUGCUUGUCUGGUUGCAGUACAGACUGUUCUGAAUGCUAAUAAAAAACUGUGUAACUUUACUUUGAAAGGAAUAGCUUGUAACAGCUCAGUCUAUAAACUUCACUGUGUGAGUUCACCUGUGCUUAAUAUAUAUGGUUUGGUUCUUUUUGUGAAAGCUGUGAUUUUCCCCUUGAUCUUCGUACUCUUUACAUACAGCAGGAUAUUUAUAAUCUCUUAUCGGAGCUGUAGAGAAGUCAGGAAAAAAGCUGCACAGACCUGUUUACCUCACUUGAUGGUUAUACUAAACUUUUCCUGUUUGAGUGCAUAUGAUAUACUUCUACUGCGAAUGGAAACUAAUUUUCCAAAAACUGUUCGCUUCAUUAUGACAUUGCAAUUAGUAAUUUAUCAUCCUCUCAUUAAUCCGAUCAUAUAUGGACUGAAAAUGAAAGAAAUUUAUAAACACCUCAAGAGGUUAUUCUGA